CGUUCUUCUUCUCGACCUACCAUCGCAUACCCAUCUCCUCAUCCGACUGUACUCUGCGCUAUCAUGAACGCUAGAUGCACUAUCUGUUUCGACCCACUCAAUGAGGAGAACACCCCUGUCGCCACUCGCUGCGGGCAUCUCUACUGUAUGGACUGUGCCACUUUCAACUUCGCACUUCCGGGCGCGACGUGCGCAAUAUGCAGGAAACCACAUUCACUGCAUCAGCUGGUUAGAGCAGACUGGCGCCGCGAAACGGAGGAAAGUUCCGGGGACGAGGAGGCUUGGGGCGAUCGUACCAUUGUCAAUGACAUGAUAGAAAGAGCGGAGGAUCUCGAGGUGGGCAGCAUCCUUGAGCACGAGCCGCGUGUGGAAGUGCGACUCAGAAAGACCAUGAAGACCCUCAGGAAGACACUGCAAGUAGCUUGCUCAAGGGUGGAUAAAUCGGAACGCAUCGCGCGGGUUGAAAGGGAAGUGCGGCGGUGUGAACGAGACAAUGCCACCCUCCGCAACAACUACAAAGAGCAAUCUCGACAACGACACCGCGAACGAAGGACGAUACAGGCUCAGUUGGAUAGGGAACGUGCGGAGGUCCAAACCAAGAACUCCGAGAUGCGGGAAAGGGUCGCGAGGCUCAAAAACGAUCUAGGAUCCGUGAAGGAUGAGCUGCAAGAGUGCCAGGAGAUCAUUGCGAGAGAUGCUACGAAGUACAAGAAGAAGUUUUACGCACUGAAAGCGCAGAUCACGGCAUCGAGGGGACACUCCGACUCGGACGAGUCUCUCGAAAUUGUUGCGAGCGGAGCGAACAUUCAUUGACUGCUACAGGGGGGUCAACGAACGAACUGCGAGUCUCUAUGUAACAGUGAACCCAUGUGACAUGGUUUGAUACAGCACUCUUGGACACGCCAGCUCUAAGACACAAGACAGCGCCUGGGAAGGGUUGGUGCAGAGUACGUACGCCGCUUUGGCGGUGUUCUGCCAUGCACUCGUCUGUUUCAUCAUGCCAGUAUCAAAUCGGAGGUGCUUAUGUAGAGGCUAAACAAGUGAGCU